AUGUCUAAUGUCAAAAUAACGAAAGUCCAUCGUAAGAAUAUAUUAUCACUGUUACCAGACAAUCAUUUACUUGGUCAAUUAUCUUUAAUUGGAACUCACCAAUCAAUGACAUUUUCUUCUUCUGAUAUUAAAUUAAGAAAACAAGAAUUGAACAUUACCGAACAAUUGAACCAUGGUGUUAGAGUAUUUGACAUUAGUGUGCGUAUUGAAACAAAUUACUUUAAAAUUUAUUACCAAAAUCAAUACUUAGAAGCUUCAUUCAACUCUCUAGUCUACGAAAUCAACAAGUUCCUCAAGAAAAACUCACAAGAAUUUGUAAUUUUGAUAAUAAAUGUCGACCAUGAAAAAAAAAUAAAUUCAGAAAAUAUUUUAAGUCCUUCUUACUGCGAAAUAUUGAAUAAUUAUCUUGGAAAAUACAUUGGAGGAGAACGAAUGCACUCUAAAUGGUCGUUUGAUGACAAGCUUCACAGUUUAAGAGGAAAAAUAUUACUAGCAACUUAUCAAGUUACCUUUGCAGAGUGCGCUGUUUGGUUGGGCGCCAGAUGCUUGAUGACGGACAAGCUUAAGUUUGUUGAAAAUAGUUUUCUUUACAGUCAUGGGAAUUAUCAAGAAGACAAUAUUGAUUACAAGUGGAAGAAAUAUAUGAAAUUUGUAGCAAGUGAUCUUUUUGAUUACUAUCCAUGUUUCAUUUAUGAUCUCAGUAUUUAUGAUGAGAUUCAUUACUCACAAGGCGCUGCCAAGUACGGCGGGUUUGAUGUUAAUGGACAAUGCUUUGUACCGAUGAACUACAGGAUUGAUAAUUAUUGCCGGGGCGAUCACAAGUCUGCGUUUAAUAUUUUUAUCGUUGAUUAUCCCACUCAAGAAGUUAUUGAUCAUAUUAAUGGAUAUAAUUCUGACUACCACAAUCCAUUUGAGAUAGCAUUAAUGUGA